AAAGGGGAAAGGGAGGCAAAGUAAAGAACUUUCAUGGUCGGCGGUGACAAGAUGUAUGAACUCCAGCCAUGAUUGGAUAAACCUAAGACAACACACUUGCUUUAAGGCACGUGCGCUUGUACUCCUAAGAAGCUUCUAAAAGGUCUCACUUCCUGCUAGCCCUAAUCCCUUCUUCUUCCCUUCGUCACUCUCAAAUGGCCAACUGAUCGAAGAAAGAAUUGCUCUGAAUUCCCUGAAACUCAGAGGAACCAAUCGUGUAGCGUCAAUAUUCAGAUUUGGGAUGAUUGUGAGGAACUCUGAAAUUGCAAUGGUGGAGGGUCGGCAUUUUUCUCGAGUAGACACUUUGGAGAUAAAAUCUCAGAUUGAAAGGAAGCUUGGGCAUCUUAAAGCGGAGAAGUAUUUUAAACUGCUGGCAAGAUAUUUGAGUCUUAAGAUUUGCAAAUCUGAGUUUGAUAGGCUUUGCAUUGGCACAAUAGGAAGGGAAAAUAUCCAUCUUCAUAACCAUCUCCUCCGAUCAAUUAUCAGGAAUGCUGCCCAUUCAAGGACUUCCCCAUCAAAAGAUAAUAAAGUAGAAAGUUCUCUAUGCAUUAAAGUGGCAAAUAGGAUUCAGAGAAGUAGUCUUCAGUCCCUAUGCAAAGAUUUUCCCCAAUCGCCCCGUAGAGGCAGGACACCAAAUCUUCGUGAUCGCAAGUUCAAGGACCGUCCAAGUCCUUUAGGGCCUCAUGGGAAGAGCCACGAUACUGCUUUUGAAGAUGCGGUUCCCAAAGUUCAAGAGCAACAGAGUGCUACUGAGCUGGUUUCUCUGAGCAGCAGACCUCCAGGCUCUGUGGAGGAUGGAGAAGAGGUUGAUCAGGCUGCAGGAAGUCCAAGUAUUCACAGCAGGAGUCCUGUUACAGCUCCACUUGGGAUUUCCUUUAACGCUAAAGCUAUACGGAAAAUACCAUCUACUGGAUUUUCAUCCUCUUAUUACACGAAGAGUUGUCAUACCAGAGGUGAAUUACCUGAUACCAGUUUUCUAAGGAAGAGGUUGGAACAGAAGUUGGCCAUGGAAGGACUAAAGAUAUCAGUAGAUUGUGCUAAUUUGAUGAACAGUAGCCUUGAUGUUUUCCUGAAAAGACUAAUAAAACCAUGCUUGGAAGUGGCUGGUUCUAGGUCUGGACACAUACUUUCUGACCGAAGACAUAAUUAUUCAACACGGUGUUCAAGUAGAACAUGGUCUGGGAGAUCUGCACAGAAACUAAGCGGGUUAGUUUCUGCCUCAGUGUUAGACUUUCAAGUUGCAAUGGAGCUAAAUCCCCUGAUUCUUGGUGAAGACUGGCCAACACAGAUGGAGAAGGUUUGCCUUUGUGCAUUGGAAGAAAGAAUUGGAACCAAUUAGCUGCAUGUUUGGGUGAGAUUUGGUUCCACCCAAGGUGAUUUUGAGUUAUUUAUAAAAUAGACUAACGUCAAUCUUGAUCAUACCAUUUUUAUAGAACCGCUGAACAUAAGUAUAAAGGCUACAGGAGUUUCAGGUCAAGGUGAUUAGAAUGUAUAUAGGUCAUGGUCCUGGUCUUCCUGGGGGUGGAACAUCUUGACAUGGAGAAAUUCAAAUAUUUUGACUCUGUAAGAAUCAACCCCUUACAAAUAGGUCAUUGGCUUUCUUUAACUAGUAUAUAGUUCAGUUGUUGUCAUGAACUUUUCAUUUGUUAAUAAAGUUUAUGUUUGAAAUUUUAGGCUUGCUGUUAUUGAGUUAAUAAUGUGCUGUUAUUGAGUUAAUAAUGUGAACUUCAGUUAGCUAUUCGUUCUAUGAAACCUGCUUUGUCUAAUAGCUUGAGUGAAUGGGAAUUUGGUUUGAGUAAUUUGCUUCAUCAGAAAGCCAGUCUUGCAGUGGUGCCUGUGGGAGACCUUGGACUGAUUCAGAUCUUGUUGCUUCCUAGCUUUUUCUUCAUCCACCCACUUUACUGUUUGGCGUUUUUUGAGUUAAUGAUUGAGGUCUUGCUUGCCGUGUUCAAACAAUUGAUGUUUUCUGUAGCUGGAGUUAUUUUCCCAGUAAGACUAUUUUUAC